AUGUCGUCCUUCCAAGAUAAAGCCCAACAUCAAAUCUCGCAGUUGGAUAAGGAGCUUUCUAAAUAUCCCGCCCUUAACAACCUUGAGAAGCAGACUUCGGUCCCUAAAGUCUACGUUAUUCUUGGUCUCCUUAGCCUAUACUUUUUCCUCGUCUUUUUCAACAUUGCAGGCGCCUUUCUCGUCAACUUUGCCGGCUUCCUGCUUCCGGGAUACUACUCGCUCGAUGCGCUCUUUAGUUCCAGCAAGGUCGAUGAUACACAGUGGUUGACGUAUUGGGUGGUCUAUGCAUUCUUGACUGUACUUGAAAGCGCCAUAAAUGCAGUUUACUGGUUCCCUUUCUACUACACAUUCAAAUUCAUCCUUGUCCUAUGGAUGGCUCUUCCUCAGACAAGUGGUGCCCAGGUCGUGUUCCGAUCCUUCAUUCAGCCAGUCUUCUCCCGCUUCUUCUCUGAGAGUGGAUCUACCGCCGCCGAUCUUCGUGCCAAAGCCGAUUCUGCCACCAAGAACCAGUAA